GCUUUUGUUUUGGUAGUUUAAUCUCCGUGUUGAACGGCUUCUGUUGUGAUGGACAUUUGCAGUAAACAAGCUAGAGUUCCCGCCACUUCCUGCUGCUGCCAGUCGCGGAAACACCAGUGAAUGUCGCGGAAAGAGUGGCGCGCGAUUCGGCAGCUGUCGGCGCGCGAAUGAUGGUCGCACACAUGGCGCAUCAUGGAGAAACGACACCGAUCACCGAUGGGAAUGGAGAGGUUUCAUCAUCAGACCUGAAGGCAGAUCAUCCUUCGGAAAGUUCUCAGAGCAGUACAGACAAUACAUCAACUGAGGAGAGCUCGGAGGAAGAGGAAACUCAAGAGGAGGAAGAGGAAACUCAAGAGGAGGAAGAGGAAAGAGAUUCAGACUCCGACACGAGACCCAGAGCAGAAAAUCACACUGACGAGCCGCGUCAGUCCUGCUGUGAGAAGUGUCGAGCUCUGAAGAAUCCCAAAUAUGAGCUUGUCACCCCCAGGAAAAUAUCUAGAGAUCGGCUACAGCUGCAGUUGGAUGCUGAGGGUGUGUACGAGUGUUCAGACACUGGGCUGGUGUUCGAGGUCUCUCAGCGCGUCAAGAUCACGUACUGCGUUCUCUCCUGGAGCAAGUUUAGCACCUUCUUGACUGGAUUGUGGAAAUUUGCUGGUCCCAUUUUUGAUGUGGACUGUGAUCCAUCCAUUCUCAAAUCCGUCCAGUUCCCACACUCACUGUGUCUAGCAGCAGAUAAAGACAACGAAGUGAAGUUCAGCGUGCUACAUGUCAAGAACAGCCGUGGUCUGAUCGAGCCCUCGGCCGAUCACUCCGGCAGUCACGUCAAGUGGAACGUGUCGUCUCUGUCACCGGUGGGUCCGAUCGUUCAGACGUCUAAAACAGCAGAGCAUCAUGGGGUCGUGCAGGUGUUCAAGGAGGUGGGCCUUGAAAACUCCUUCUCCUUCAGAGUUUACCUGGCUGGAAACAACUGCUCUGACAUGAAGGACAUCAGGAAGGCCGUUCGGCGGGCGAACAACUGUAGGAACAACAAGAAGUACAUACAAGUGGACAAGCCACCUACAUGCAUGCUGGAGGAGAACAGGAGGUACCGUCUCAUCAGCGAGCCCAUGGGACACAUCACACCGGAGGACAUGCUCUUCUCUCCCGUCAUCGUGGAGGUGAAGGGAUACUUCGAAGUCUUCUUUGAGGAGAGUCCUCCUUUCAAACUGUCCCUGACAGAGGCUGAGUCGGGUCAUACUGUAUGGACGGCUACCAUCAGAGAAGGAGACUGCAUACAUCAUGUAGAUGAAAACCCCAAAAAAACAUCAAAAGCUAGAAAGAGACACAGCAGCACGUCAGAGGAAGAGCUCGGUCACAAGCACGUUAAGAAAGCUCGAGGCAUUGACGAGGCCGACUGUAACGCGACGGCCGCGGCUCCGGAGCUGACGGACCAGCAGCUGAUGCUGGUGGCCAAACGCAUGGGGAAGGAGUGGAAGGUGGUGGCCAUCAGCUGCCUGGGCCUCAGCAAACAGGACCUGGAGGAGCUGGAGGCCGCCGAGGAGAGCGUGACCAUGCUGAAAUUCAACAUGCUGGAGCGCUGGAGACGACGGCAGCCCAAGGGAAAAGCGGGAAUUCAGGAACUCCACAAAUGUUUGAAGGACAACGACGACGUGCCCAAUGAGGUCAUUGCUGUGCUGGACGAAAUGCUUCGAGAUAAAACCACUACAUGAACUCUCACGGCCGUCCCGCUGUCUGGAGUCUGUGGACAUCUCUGAAAUUCAAAGCUGACAGAAAUCAUUUUAACCACUGAUAGAGAGCGAUGAAGCGUCCUGACAGAGGAGGCCAGUCACACUCAGAUAUGAAUCAUACUGGAAUCUGGUGCUUUCAGGAAACAUUUCAGGAAAACUGAGCUCUGUAUCUGUACUUGAUGCCCUUCGUGCAUCUGUAGAUUGGUACAUUUUGUACGUAGCUCUUUAUUUUGUGCUUGUGUUUUUGUACAUUUUUUAGAUACUGUACAUUUUUAAUGUCUCUGUAAAGACUGUAAGUACACCUUGGUUUGUUUUGUUGAAUUAUGAGCCACGAUCAUCUGCGUUUGUUUUUAAGAAACAGGAUUGAUGUUUUGAUCUCAGGUGCCGUCGUUCUCUGACGGUUAUUGACUGACAUUAGAGUGACGUAACACCAGUCAUAUCAUGAUAUUAUGCAGAUUACGUGUGUAAUCAUCGCUGUUCGUACGAACAUCCAUGCAGCGCUCUUGUGGUGUGACACUGGUUAAGAAUAUUUCACUCAACGGCUGCAUCACUUUCUCUGUUUCUCAUAUGAAAUGUUUGUUGGGUAAAUCCGCACCUCUCACAGCUGUAUGAUGUGCUGACUCAGGGGAAUCUUUAUUUUGGAGGAAUCUGACCUUUCAUUAAAGAAAUCAUGAAAAUGAUGAAAAUACAAAAAAUAGUGCUUCUCUUAUUCACAUCUUUAGAAUCUUAAACCUGUCUGAACUCUUGAUUUCAGACCGUUUCUGU